UUGCUGCCCGUGGUUCUGCACCUGCUGUGGUGGUUUUGUCUGCACACAUUUGCAAAUACAUGCGUAAACCACAGUCCCGUGUCAAGGGUCCUCUGUAUACUGUGGACCAGGGGGCGGACUGACAACUCAUGGGGCCCCCAGGCAAUAGGGAAUCAUGGGGCCCCUGUGUCCUUGCCCAAACUCAAAAAAGCCUAUGAAAAAAGGUACCAGGGGCAUCUCAUGGGGCCCCCUACUGACUCCGGGCCCUCAGGCAGUGACCGAGUAUCCAAAUGGUCGGGUCUGCCCCUGCUGUGGACC